AUGCUUUACCGUUUCAUCAGAUUAAGAAAGAGUCCACACUCGUCAACUAGCUGACAACACCAUUUCUCUUCGAGAGCUCACUUCUCCAUCCUAGGUUUAUUUUCAGGCGACGAUCGAACACCAGAUCCGUUUCGACAUGUUUCAUCUCAAUCGAUGUCGUUUUUGCCCGCUUUUCUUGUUCCUUCUCCUGUUUAUAGCAUCAGGAUCAUUUGGAUCUUCAUAUGAAAACCGUAAAGCUGGAAAAUCUUCAGUUUUCUCCUUGUUCAAUCUCAAAGCGAAGAGUAAAUUCUGGAGUGAGUCCGUUAUCCGUGGUGAUUUUGAUGAUUUGGAGACUUCUGGCCAUGACAAAGUUGAUAUUGCUAAUUACACUAUGGCAGGAAACAUUGCCAAUUAUUUGCACUUAAUGGAGGUUGAUUCCAUGUAUCUGCCAGUUCCAGUGAAUUUCAUUUUCAUAGGAUUUGAAGGGAAGGGGAACCUAGAUUUUAAACUCCAAGCUGAAGAACUUGAACGGUGGUUCACAAAGAUUGAUCACAUCUUUGAACAUACACGAAUCCCUCCGAUUGGGGAGGUUCUCGCUCCUUUUUACAGGAUUAGCAUAGAUAAAGCACAACACCAUCAUCUUCCUACUGUCAGUCAUGUAAAUUACAACUUUUCUGUUCAUGCUAUUGAAAUGGGUGAAAAAGUUACUUCAGUUUUUGAGCAUUCCAUUGAUGUUCUAGCGAGAAAAGAUGAUGUUUCUGAUCCCAGAGAUGAUCGUGCGGUUCUAUGGCAAGUUGACCUUGACUUGAUGGAUACCAUCUUUAGCAGCCUUGUAGAAUAUCUACAGCUUGGAAGUGCAUACAACAUUUUCGUUUUAAAUCCAAAGCGUGAUACAAGACGAACAAAAUAUGGUUACAGGAGAGGUUUAUCAGAUUCUGAAAUAAACUUUCUUCAGGAGAAUAAGAACUUACAAGGAAGAAUUCUUCAGUCAGGAAAAAUCCCAGAAACUCUUCUUGCAUUUGAUAAGUUGAAGAAACCUCUAUAUGAGAAACACCCUAUGGCAAAGUUCGCAUGGACAGUAACAGAAGAAGCAGAUACAAUCGAAUGGCAUAAUAGCUGCCAAGAUGCUUUGAACAAUGUUGAAAAAUUACAAGGGAAGGAUACUGCUGAUAGAAUCCAGGACAAAGUUAUUCAGCUAUUGAAUGGGAAGAGUGAUGAUUUGAGACUUCAAUUGGAGAAAGCAUUGAAAUCUGGGAACUUCAGUGGCCUUCAUGCUGAAUGUCUAACUGAUACUUGGAUUGGAAAAGAAAGGUGGGCAUUUAUUGAUUUAAGUGCUGGCCCUUUCUCAUGGGGGCCUGCUGUUGGUGGUGAAGGGGUGCGGACAGAAGUAAGUUUGCCAAAUGUGGCAAAAGCCGUUGGUGCCAUGGCAGGAAUUACAGAAGAAGAAGCUGAAGAUCGUUUGCAAGAUGCAAUUCAAGAAAAGUUUUCUGUCUUUGGUGAUAAAGAUCAUCAAGCAAUUGAUAUCCUACUGGCAGAGAUUGAUAUUUAUGAGCUUUUUGCCUUCAAACAUUGUACUGGCAGAAAGGUUAAACUCGCCCUUUGCCAAGAGUUGGACGAGCGGAUGCGGGAUUUGAAACAGGAGCUGGAGACUUUUGAAGGGGAGGAAAAUGAUGAGGGUCAUAAGAUUAAGGCUGAAGAUGCUUUGAAGAGAAUGGAGAAUUGGAACUUGUUCAGUGACACUGUAGAGGAAUUCCACAACUAUACUGUAGCACGUGACACUCAGCUUGCACAUUUGGGUGCAACAUUGUGGGGUUCGUUGAGGCACAUUAUAUCACCGUCUGUUGCUGAUGGAGCAUUCCAUUAUUAUGAGAAAAUAUCUUUUCAACUAUUUUUCAUAACAGAGGAGAAAGUUAGAAGUAUCAAACAAUUACCAGUAGACCUCAAGGCUUUGAAAGCUGGGCUUUCAUCUCUGGUCCUACCGUCACAGCAAGUCAUGUUAACUGAACACAUGUUACUACUUUCGGAGGAUCCUGCUUUGGCAAUGGCACUUUCAGUUGCUCGUAGAGCUGCUGCUGUCCCUCAGUUACUUGUUAAUGGAACAUACAGGAAAACUGUUAGAUCUUAUCUAGAUUCUUCCAUUCUCCAGCAUCAACUGCAAAGACUAAAUGAUCACGGUUCUCUUAAAGGCAGUCAUGCUCAUAGCAGGUCAACAUUGGAAGUGCCAAUCUUUUGGUUCAUAAAUGGAGAAGCAUUGCUUGUUGACAAACACUUUCAGGCCAAAGCGCUUUCAGACAUGAUCAUUGUUGUUCAGUCAGAGCAACCAUCCUGGGAAAGUCACUUGCAGUGCAAUGGACAAUCACUUCUAUGGGAUCUAAGGGUUCCUAUCAAACCUGCAUUGGCUGCUGCUGCUGAACAUUUAGCUGGUUUGAUUCCGCUUCACCUUGUUUACAGUCAUGCCCAUGAAACUGCAGUUGAGGACUGGAUAUGGUCCGUGGGAUGCAGCCCAUUUUCGAUCACUUCUCAAGGUUGGAAAAUAUCCCAGUUUCAGUCUGACACAAUUGCUCGAAGUUAUAUACUUACAACCCUGGAGGAGACAAUACAACUCAUUAAUGCAGCCAUUCAUCGACUAGUUACGGAGCAAACGACUGAUAAAACAUUCAAACCAUUCCGGUUAAGGGAGCGCGAGCUGGUGAACAAGUAUAACUAUGUAGUUAGUUUGUGGAGAAGAAUUUCACUUAUUACCGGAGAAUUGCGCUACACGGAUGCUUUAAAAUUGCUGCAUACGCUGGAAGAUGCAUCAAAGGGGUUUGUUGAGUAUGUUAAUGUGACGGUUUCUGAGCUACAUCCUGUACACUGCACAAAGGAGAGAAAAGUAGAGGUUGAAAUAGACAUGUCAACUAUUCCGGCAUUUUUGGUUGUGUUCGUUAUUCUGUGGUUUCUCCUCAAGCCAAGACGACCAAAGCCUAAGAUCAAUUAACUAGAAGGAGAAGAAGAAGAUAAUAUCAUUUUUGUUUGUUAUAGAGAAACAUCAUCAUUGACAAGAAGAAGAUAAACAAUAAUUUCUUUGUGUUUGUUUGAUUGUUGUUGGCAGGCUAGGUAAAGGGAAAUGUUCCUUUUAUUAUUCUGUGUUUUUAUUUUUGUUUUGCUGUGACUGGAAGAAUCUAAGAAAUGACUUUGUAGAGAAUUUUAUGAUUUCAUUACUCAUUUUAUGA